AUGGUACAGUUACAUUGUGCCCUACUUAUCAAAAUAAUAGAAGGUAGAUCUUUUAUUUCUACCGACGCAAAUGGCUAUGGAGACCCAUACGUUACUGUUGAUUUUGAUAAAACACGCAAGCUUCACACGUCCGUAAAAACUGCUACUUUAAAUCCGGUGUGGAACGAGGAGUUUUUAAUACCGAUUAUUCAAGAUGUUAAAGAAAUAAUCAUAUGUUGCAAAGAUCUGGACUUCAUAGGAUGCGACAAGAUAGGAUAUUUAGUCUUUAAAGCUGAAGAACUUUUAAAAUAUAAAAUUAUAUCAGGGUGGUAUGAAAUGAAUAGAUACAAAAUUGUUAUUGACAGUUUAGGGAAUAUAAAAGACAUUGGUCAAUGGCAAAAAAUUAACGGGAAAUUCUCAAAACAUAAAAAAUUUCGAGGAACCUUAAACAUUCACUUGGAAAUAUAUGAAUAUGGGUCCGGUUAUGAAGUUAAGUAUGUUUAUAGCCCCUUAAGGGAAUGUAAUAAGUUCAAGUUAUACCAAGAUGCUCGUGUUCACGUUGAAGAAAUAACCGGUCCCAUUUUAGGAAACGGUAAAACCUAUGAAGUAAAUUCUGUUUGGAAGGAUCUUUACCUUCAUAUUUGCAAAGCCAGAAAAUUUAUUUAUAUAACUGGUUGGAGUUUAUGGACGGAAGUUGAACUAGUUAGAGACGAAGAUGUGGAGAAAAAGACUGGUUAUUCAUCUAACUUGGGCAAACUUCUUUCUGCAAAAGCUAGAGAAGGAGUGGCGUUAGCUGCUUUACUGUGGAAUGAGAAACUUUCUGUGCACACGAACUUGCUUAAAGCAGAAGGAGUAAUGUGUACUCAUGAUGAAACAACAAGAGAAUAUUUUGAGGCUUUAAAUUUGGACAAUGUGAAAAUAAAACUGGCUGCACGAUAUGGAUCACAAGGAGCGGUGACGCAAUUCUGGUUUACUCAUCACCAGAAAUCUGUCAUUCUUGACGCUGAAGGGCCAGAUCAUAAGCGAAAAAUCGUGGCUUACAUCGGAGGGCUGGAUUUAUGUGAUGGCCGUUACGACACGCCCACCCACUCGCUAUUCAGGACGUUAUCGGGUGUCCACAAAAACGAUUUUCAUAACGUUUGGGAAAUAACGCAAGAGUACGGCCCACGUCAACCUUGGCACGACAUCCACUCCUUUGUAGAGGGACCAGCAGCAAGAGAUGUUCUUGAAAAUUUUUUGAUGAGGUGGGAAAAGCAGGCGGACAAGUACUUGUCUGUGCUCUACGAUAUCAAGCAUGAUCCUGAAUUGCUCUCCUACGAAGAGGAAGUUUUAGAUUUAAAACAAAAACACAAGGAAAAGGAGAUGUUUAAUGUUCAACUCUUCAGGUCUAUUGACUCGCACUCUGCUAAUUUCAAUAAAGCUUAUAACCGUGCCGUAGACAACAGCAUCUGUAUGGCCUAUCUGCACUUUAUUAAAAAAGCUGAAAAGUUUAUUUAUAUAGAGAAUCAAUACUUUUUAGGUUCCUGCCAAUCUUGGAAACGGCAUAAAAAGUCGGGAUGCUACAAUUUAGUGCCGUUAGAGAUUGCCAAAAAAAUAGUCUAUAAAAUUGAAAGAAAUGAGCGGUUUGCGGUGUAUAUCGUAAUACCCAUGCAUCCCGAAGGAAUUCCCGAAGAAUCGUCCGUACAAGAGAUCCUGCGCUGGGAAAGCGAAACCAUGAAAAUGAUGUACAAAAAAAUAUCACAUGCUCUUCAAAAAACCAACUGCUCACACUCUCCUUUGGACUAUUUACGCUUUUUUUGUUUAGGCAACAGAGAAACUUCGGUAGGUGCCGCGAGCGAAGCCCCUUCAAAGAGUGCGCAUCCCAGACAAAGAAAAGUCUAUGCCAGAAGAAAGUUGACCGAUAUAUACAUUACCAGCCCUUUUAACUCUUUUGUGUGCAGUUUUAUGAUUUAUGUUCAUUCCAAACUAAUGAUUGUCGAUGAUGAAUAUGCUAUACUCGGUUCGGCGAACAUAAACGAGAGGUCACUCGCGGGAGACCGGGACACCGAAAUAUGCAUUGGCGGCUACCAACCUGGUCACGUGUACAAAAAUGGAAAUACGCCCAGAGGGGAGAUAUUCGGCUUCAGAAAAUGCCUUUUCCAGGAGCACUUGGGGAUCGACGACCCACUCUACGACAAACCAUGGGAACUAGAGUGCAUUCGUCAAGUAGCUAAACUGGCAGAAAACAAUUGGAAACUGUUCACUCAGAAAAAGGUGGUGGAGAUGAAAGGGCAUCUUCUUGUCUACCCCAUGGAUGUGGCUAGAAACGGCCAAGUCAGGUACCGCACGCGAGGAAAGUACUUUCCAAACACCACAGCCAAGAUCAAAGGGUCGAGCAAAAGACAAAUACCGGAUGCCAUCACAACGUAACUGAAAAUAAAAGGCGUCGUAAUAAACACAACUUUAUGUGA